AUGCCAAUUUUCAAUAUGGCGCACCGUGCCGCGGCACGGUUCCAGUUCGGCUAGCGAAAAAGCACUCAUUUUGUCUCGGAUGCACAUCGCCGGGAUCCAUCAAAUACUAAACAAUAGACGCGUAAUGUAACCCCUUACCGGAAUCACCAACUACCAGUACGCGAACUUUGUCGAUUGCCGCCAUAUAGUGAAGUGAAAAAUCGUGCAAGCUCCGAACCUAGCCUACGUGAAAACGAACAACAAACUGAGCGAGAAGCACACACAGUCAUCCCGACGCUAGCCUAAUAUUUGACAGAUCGAAUCACGCUACACAGUAACAAAAAUGGGAGACCAACGGUACGUUACUGAGAUACCGAGCAGUCUCAAACAGUUGGCUCGUUUCGUCGUACGGGGGUUCUACACGAUCGAAGAUGCACUCGUGAUCGAUAUGCUGGUUCGGAAUCCCUGCAUGAAGGAAGACGACAUAUGUGAGCUAUUAAAAUUUGAACGGAAAAUGUUACGUGCCCGAAUAGCCAUUCUGCGCAAUGAUAAAUUUCUCCAAGUUCGACUAAAAAUGGAAACCGGCCCCGAUGGAAAAGCGCAAAAGGUGAACUAUUACUUCAUCAACUACAAAACGUUCGUGAACGUGGUAAAGUACAAACUCGAUCACAUGCGCAAACGAAUGGAAACGGAGGAACGUGACGCUACGAGCAGGGCGAGCUUUAAAUGUUCCAACUGCAAGAAAACUUUUACGGAUCUUGAGGCCGAUCAGCUGUUUGAUUUCACGACGAGCGAGUUCCGCUGCACGUACUGUGGCAAUGCGGUGGAUGAAGAUAGUUCCGCACUGCCAAAGAAAGAUUCAAGACUGCUACUGGCGAAGUUCAACGAGCAGCUGCAACCGCUGUACGAUCUGUUGCGGCAGGUCGAGGGAAUUAAGCUUUCUCCAGAAAUCCUGGAACCAGAACCGGUAGACAUAGACACCAUACGAGGAAUUGCAAAACCAUCCACCAAAGUACCGACGGAGCAAUGGUCCGGGGAAGCCACUCGAUCCAGUGGGUUUGUCGUUGAGGAAACGCGGGUAGACAUUACGAUCGGUGAUAGCGAUACGCUGGACACGACAACGCAGCGCAAAGACCGGCCUGUGUGGAUGACCGAAUCAACCGUCAUUUCGAACGACAUGGACGACAAUUCGGUUGAUGCGAUCCUGGAAAAAGCUGCCUUUACCUCCACCCAACCACAAUCGACGGGCAGUAGCAGCGCGGGCACAAACAGUACCACUACGAAUGUGAUGUCAACCCGAAGCCGGAAGGAUGCGGACGACAUUAUGUCGGUGCUGUUGCAGCAUGAAAAACAGAGCGCGAACAAUACGGCCAAUGAAGCAGUACGCGGUCUGGGGCAGCACAACGAUGGUAACUCGAGUGAUACUAGCGAUGAUGAUAGGGAUAUCGAAAAUGCAGACAUACCGGACACCGAACAGGUGGAAUCGGUAUCCGAGGAUGAUGACAUGCCCUCGGUGUACGUUGCAGGAAAGCCAUAUCCGCUGGAUGAAAUUAAUGACAAGCUGAUAGCGGACAUGACGCCGCAGGAAAAGGAAACCUACAUACAGGUGUACCAGGACCAUUUCAGUCAUAUUUACGAUUAAUGAUUAGCCACAUCAAGGAAGGAAAAAAUAAAUGUUAAA